AUCAGCCAGCCCUUUUUUCUCCCCUGAAUGAAUUUCUUAGAAAGUCAGCCUUUGAUGUCUUGAGUUUACAAACAAGAUUGUCCCAAUUCCAACAAAACUUUUUUCACUUUCGGAGAAAAAUUAUUAAGAUGAUGAAUUGAUGAUACAAGGGGAUGCGCUGACGCUGAAAUAUAUAAAAAAAAAAUUAAAAAAAAUUGGAUCUUUCUGCAACUGUGCUACGGCUAUUUUCUAAAUUUAAGGUUAGAAAGAUUGUAAAGGCGCCACCUUUUUUGGUCCAAUAGGAGCUGCUUUUCUUUUUAUCAAUCCCCCCUAAAACAGAACAGGAUGGAUGGCUAGAUAGAUUGGCAAAAGUGGGAUUUUGCAGUUUUUGUCUGAAAAAAAAAAUUAUUGAGCGAAUCAGACAUAACAUCUUUGAACAAACCGUUCCUUUCUUGUGGUGGGAUUACCAGGAAAUUUGUACAAGAUUGAGAAAGGGCCAUGAAAGGGGAAAUUGAAGAAGCUAGAGUUAGAUUGAUAAGUAGGAACAGUGGUGGAAGUGGAGAGCCCAGAUGGGUUGAUGGAAGUGAGGCGGACUCAACAGAAUCACCACACUGGUCAUUUCUUGUAGGUGGUGAUGAUGAGAACAAAGAAGGUUAUGGGUCUUUCAGGAGAAGGCUUGUCAAGAGGCCCAAGAGAGUGGAUUCUUUUGACGUUGAAUCUAUGGAGAUUUCUGGGGCUCAUGGACAUCAUCAUAACAAGGAUGCUUCUCUUUGGCAAACUCUUGCUCUGGCAUUUCAAACUUUAGGGGUGGUCUAUGGUGACAUGGGCACAAGCCCUCUGUAUGUCUUUUCUGAUGUGUUCAGCAAGGUGUCCAUCACAUCUGAGGUUGAUGUCUUGGGAGCGCUAUCACUAGUGAUGUACACAAUUGCUCUCAUACCUUUACUUAAGUAUGUUUUCGUCGUGCUGAAAGCUAACGACAAUGGAGAAGGAGGAACGUUUGCAUUGUAUUCACUUAUAUGUAGAUAUGCAAAAGUUAGUCUUCUUCCAAAUCGGCAGCAGGCUGAUGAGUAUAUCUCUAGCUUUAAGCUCAAACUACCUACUCCUGAACUUGAAAGGUCUUUGAACAUCAAGGAAGCGUUGGAGCGUAAAACAUCCCUCAAAACCCUUUUAUUACUUUUAGUUCUGACUGGGACAUCAAUGGUGAUUGGUGAUGGUAUUUUGACCCCAGCAAUAUCAGUUAUUUCUGCUGUUAGUGGUCUGCAAGGUCCAAUCAAGGGGUUUGGUACAGAAGCUCUUGUUAUUACCUCAAUAGUUAUCCUUGUGGGACUGUUCAGCAUACAGCGGUUUGGGACAAGUAAAGUUGGUUUCACAUUUGCUCCUGCACUUGCUUUAUGGUUUUUUAGUCUGGGGGCCAUUGGAAUCUACAAUCUGAUUACGUAUAAUGUGACUGUUGUACGGGCACUGAAUCCAGUUUACAUCUAUCUUUUCUUCAGAAAGAAUACUAGUAAGGCAUGGUCUGCUCUCGGUGGAUGUGUCUUAUGCAUUACAGGAGCAGAAGCAAUGUUUGCAGAUUUGGGCCAUUUCUCAGUGCCAUCAAUACAGAUUGCUUUCACAAGUGUCGUAUUUCCCUGCCUUCUCUUUGCAUAUAUGGGACAAGCUGCAUACCUUACCAAAAACCCUCAUUCGGUUGAUCGGAUAUUCUAUGAUUCUGUUCCAGAUCCUCUAUUCUGGCCCAUUUUUGUGAUAGCCACAAUUGCUGCUAUAAUUGCUAGUCAGGCCAUGAUAUCUGCUUCCUUUUCAUGUAUCAAGCAAUCUAUGGCGCUUGGAUGCUUUCCCAGAUUGAAGAUAGUUCACACGUCUAGAAAGCUUAUGGGCCAAAUUUACAUUCCUGUCAUCAAUUGGUUUUUGAUGAUUAUGUGCAUUAUUGUGGUUGCUUCAUUUCAAAGCACUACGGAUAUAGCCAAUGCAUAUGGAAUUGCAGAGGUGGCUGUUAUGAUUGUGAGCACUAGUCUGGUGACGCUUGUAAUGCUUCUGAUUUGGCAAACCAACCUAUUUCUUGCUCUAAGCUUUCUUAUGGUCUUCGGAACGAUAGAGCUCAUUUACCUCUCUGCUGUUUUAUCCAAGAUCCUGGAGGGGGGUUGGCUUCCACUCGUGUUUGCCACUUUCUUUCUCUGUAUAAUGUACACCUGGAACUAUGGUACUGUGCUGAAAUACCAAAGUGAAGUUCGUGAGAAAAUCUCAAUGGAUCUCAUGCUUGAGCUUGGUUCUACACUUGGAACAGUAAGAGUGCCCGGUGUUGGCUUACUCUAUAAUGAACUUGUUCAAGGUGUUCCAUCCAUAUUUGGACGAUUCUUGCUUGAACUUCCAGCUAUACAUUCUACUGUUGUGUUUAUCUGCAUUAAAUAUGUCCCAGUCCCUAUUGUCCCUCAGGAAGAAAGAUUUAUGUUCCGGAGGGUUUGUCCUAAAGAUUACCACAUGUUCCGCUGUGUUGCUCGCUAUGGCUAUAAGGAUGUCAGAAAGGAAGAUCACCAUGCAUUUGAGCAACUUCUCGUUGAGAGCCUCGAGAAGUUUUUGAGGAAGGAAGCUCGGGAAUUCGCCCUGGAGAGCUCUCUGCAUGAACCAGAGUUAGAUAGCAUUUCUGUGAUAUCAAAGGAUUCUGGACCUCCGGAUGGAGAUACUCUUGGAGAGCUAAGGACCCCUUUGAUGCAUGAUGAUAGAAUGGAAGGAUCGGGAACUUCAGUUUCUGAAGAAACUCUUGCUUUGCCAGCUAGUGUCAUGUUAGUGGAUGAAGAUCCUAGCCUGGAGUAUGAGCUUGCAGCCCUCAAAGAAGCUUCUGAUUCAGGAUUUACGUACUUGCUUGGGCAUGGAGACGUGAGGGCAAAGAAAACUUCGUGGUUCAUCAAAAAACUAUUUAUAAACUACUUCUAUGGAUUCCUUAGAAGCAAUUGCAGAGGUGGCGCCGCAACAAUGAAACUUCCCCACACGAAUAUUAUGCGAGUCCAUAUGACAUAUAUGGUCUGAUCCUCAAAUUUAAAUCUUCUAAUUCAGUGGCUUCAGAAUAUUUUGCCUGCUUUUGUAGAGCAAGAUAGAGAGCAACUUCAGAGUAUUGUAUUUCUUGAGCAGUAACUUCAUAUAUUAACAAGCAUUAUCCGCAUGAUCUUGGUAAUUUCAUAUUCCGUUUUUACUCAGAAUUGUCCAUUGUUGCUAAUACUAUAAUACAUAGCUUUAAAAAGUCUGCUAGUGAUAAUUUGUUAGGUAAUUUGAAAAUCAUAUUAGAGCGUUGACUGUCAACAAGAAGUAUUCUCUGUUGCAAAGGAAUGUGGCGAGUAAGAUUGGCUGUUACCAUUGCAAAUCUGCUCCCAGAAAAGGAAAAAGAAGAAAGGAAAGAGAAGAAUUCACACUUUGUGCUGCGCUGAGAUUUUGCUUUCCCUAGUCUCCCGGAGAUAUUUCUUUAUUUGUAUCAUUACUACGUUGACCUUAUUUCUUCAAAAGCGACUAGUGACAAAGAUAGAAGGGUCAUUUUCAGCUGUAGUUUAUAUGCCUCUAAUGAAUCUGCUCUCCUCCCUGGCUUUGGCACUGCAUUGACAUCUUUAUCAGUUGUGCA